CUUCUUUUUAUCAGGAGUUUGACUGAAUGAAAUGAGAGGCUUUUCAAAGGUUUCUGGAGGACUCUUGCAACCCUUUCGGCCAAAACAAAAAUCGGCAGCCUUGUACCUAGGAAUUCCGCAAAUUCCUUUUGAGCAUCAUGUUUAUUGGCAUCAUUCGCGACUUAAUCUUAUUUAACCCUGUCGGAAAGUUUCUGUACGAAAAUGUGUACCAUUGUUAUUUUAUAUUGGCUGCAUACGUCCUUUUCGUGAUGUGGCUCGGCCCUUUCUGGAUGAGGACCCGGAAGCCGUUCGACUUAAAAAUAUCGAUGAUCGCGUACAAUUUUUUCAUGUCAGCCUUCAAUUUACUUUUGGCGUGUCAACUGUACACAAGGAUGACAGAUAAUUGGCAUUUGAAAUGUCUCAGAGGUACUCCAGAAUAUUAUCAAAAGUUUCAGGUAAACAUGUCAUUGAUAUGGAAUCUAUUUUUUGAAAAAUAUAUCUCAUUGAUAGAUACGAUAUUCUUCGUACUACGCAAGAAGCAACAUCAGAUAUCAUUUCUUCAUGUUUUCCAUCAUACCUCUAUGUGUUUAUUCAGUAUCUCGUUUAUGACAAUUCCUGAUCCAGCUUUUUUUCUUGUCUUCGCUAUGUGCCUGAAUACCUUUGUGCACUUCGUCAUGUACUUUUAUUAUGGCUUAUCAGCUUUCGGGAAGUCAAUACAGAAAUAUUUGUGGUGGAAACAUUAUCUCACACUUUUGCAAAUUGCUCAAUUUCUGCUAAUAUUGUUAUUUAUGGUUAUAUCGUUUGGAAGCGGCUGCGAGAAGAUGGAGCCUCUACAAGCUCUUGUUGCAGUUUUUAUCGUCAGCAUGAUUGUGCUAUUCCUCAAGUUUUAUCAAAAAUCAAUCAAGAAAUCUAAGAUGCAAUGAAGCCAAUAACGCGUUGAUGUUAAAAUCAAGUACUAAUAAA